UCAUUCUUUUAUGUCAAUCUUUCAUCAUAUAAAGCAUUAUUUAUUUGUCUGUUUAACGCAGCACACCGAUAAGAUCGCACGGCUUGCAAUUCUAUGCCGUCAUCUGAAUUCAACAUCAGCUGUCUUUACUCUGGUCGCUGCAAGAUGCCAGCAGCCCUUGCAGAGAACAGCCAGGUUAUCUGUGAAGUAUGGGCGAACAAUCUGGAAGAAGAGAUGAGGAAAAUUCGAGAGAUUGUUCUAAGUUACAGCUACAUUGCGAUGGACACAGAGUUUCCUGGAGUUGUUGUAAGGCCAAUUGGUGAAUUCCGCAGUUCCAUAGACUAUCAAUAUCAGCUUCUUCGGUGUAACGUUGACCUUCUGAAAAUUAUCCAGCUGGGUCUGACUUUCACAAAUGAGAAAGGAGAAUAUCCGUCCGGCAUCAACACCUGGCAGUUUAACUUUAAAUUCAACCUUACCGAGGACAUGUACUCUCAGGAUUCCAUAGACCUCCUCGCCAGCUCUGGGCUGCAGUUCCAGAAGCACGAAGAAGAAGGGAUCGAUACCCUGCAUUUUGCUGAGUUGCUUAUGACAUCUGGGGUCGUCCUUAGUGACAGUGUGAAAUGGCUGUCCUUCCACAGUGGUUAUGACUUUGGCUACAUGGUGAAGCUGUUGACAGAUUCCAGGUUACCAGAAGAGGAACACGAAUUUUUCCAUAUCUUGAACCUUUUCUUCCCAUCUAUCUAUGAUGUAAAGUACUUAAUGAAGAGCUGCAAAAACCUCAAGGGUGGCCUUCAAGAAGUGGCAGAUCAGCUGGAUUUACAGCGAAUUGGACGACAACACCAGGCAGGAUCAGACUCUCUUCUCACGGGAAUGGCAUUCUUCAGAAUGAAAGAGUUGUUUUUUGAGGAUACAAUUGAUGAUGCAAAGUAUUGUGGGCGGCUGUAUGGCCUUGGCACAGGAGUGGCUCAGAAACAAAAUGAAGAUGUGGACUCGGCCCAAGAGAAAAUGAGCAUUUUGGCUAUUAUCAACAACAUGCAGCCAUGAUAAGCAGUACCCCUCAGCAGAACAUGGUUACCAUAUUGGCAGCUGCUGUCCUCAACCAUUUUCCCUGAUAGUGUCUCAAACAAAAGGCAUCUACAGUAUACAGCCUGCAGAAGGCCUGCAGUUUUGCUGAAGAGCUGCAUCUUCAUUUGAAACCCAGAGAAUUGACUGAAUUCCUAAUGCCAGCAUUUGUGGUUUGCCAUCUUUUUAAUACCAAGGGCAAAAGACAGAACCUACUGUGUAUACCUCUGUUUUUUUCCUCUUUAUACUGUACAGAAUCUGCAAGGAAGACUUAACGGUAGAAGAUUCAGUAGAGCUAAGGGUCUGGAAAUCUAGUGAAGAUGGACACAGACAUGCACACAAAUUUGUAAAUUGUGCUUUAUAAAGCUUAUUUUAAAACUUCUGCAUGUUGUGAGGGUGACUGCUUCACCUCAUGUUUUGCUUAUUUUAUCUUCGUGUAGUCUGUGGAAAUUGCUCCCUUUGAUCACUGCAGAGGUUUGGGAAUGGAUGACAUUAAAAAUGAUCCUUGCAGCUAAAAAUAUUCAGAGAUUUGCUUUAACAACAAUGGGAAUGGAUAUUACUGGAGCUGAUUUGAUCAGCUCUCCAUGGUUUCUAAUUCUGUAUGGUACAGGUUUGACCCAUACUGAUCCUCAGCUUAGUUCUUAUGGGCAUUAAUAAACCAUUCUGGAAAUAGGUUGAGAGACCUAAAGUUCACCUUUGACAGGGGAUUGGACCAAUACUCUACUCUGACUUCAGUUUUCUUCAACUUAACCUACAAAUUUUAUUCUUCUCCUUGCAACACAAGUAGUUCAGCAGAUGGAGAAAUACUUCCUCUUCUCCCCCACUUCUCCAGCCCCUAAUUUUACUAUAUGCUUAACAACAGACAAAACAGCUCCAUUUCUCUUCAUUAUAAACCUCUGAAAAGUAGUUAGAGGAUGGAAGAACAACUUGAGAUUGACUUUUUUUUUACAAAAUGAGCUAUUCUAUAGUAUUUUUUUUUCAACAGCUCUGUAAUGACAUUUCUUAA